AUGUCUGAUUUCGCCAAACUACGCGUCUGCGACACGCAGGGUGGCUUGACUUUCUUCAAAUUUCCGAACGAGCUGCGCAACUUGAUCUACAAACACUAUCUUCAGCUCGACGAAGGCUACAAGUUGAAUCCACACACCAACAAGUUGCGAACUGGCAACGACAAACCUAUUCCUCUCGACUUGAUGUACACCUGCAAGCGCGCUGCCAUGGAGAUGCGAGGUUAUGAGCAGUCGCCCCGCCUUGAAGGUGGUCAUUGGCUCUUGAACGGAAGCAUUCCGAUGAGCCAGCUUUUUGGGCUCAGACCCCAGAAUUGGACGAUUCCCACCCAAAAGGAUGUCAACGACAUGACCGUUCUCUCUGACGGGCUCGAGACCUGCAGCAUAAAUUGCGAGGAUCUGUACGAUAAGCGCGAGCCGCCCGUGGAUCUGGCCCGGUUUUGUUACUCGGCAGUUGGCGCCGCUAUUCAGUUCCUCGAUUCGAUUACCCCAUCAUCUCGAGCCGAUAUUCGCAACAUCAACCUUAUAGAAGAUCGACCAUCACUGUCUUUCCCGGAAUGCCACGGAAAACCAACUGUUACGCAUCGAACGUCGCAUAUGGAACCAGCAGAAGAGGAACUGCCUCGGAGGGAUAAGGAGACGGACGAGAUCUCUUAUUCCAUAGCCACCUGGAUGGUAGAGGCCUUGGCAUUACCUGCAGCUGGUAUGCCUCAACACGCCUUCAAGUUGAUGUUUGUCGGGGACUCAGAGGGAGACUGGGAGUGUGAGCAAAUCUUCAGGGAGGUCGUUCUACGGGACGCCGCGUGGCAGGAGGCAAGGGAUGAAUGUUUCAAACGAGGCAUCCUACCACCGCUGUCUUGGGCGGAAAGGAGGCUUGGCGCGUGGGGAGAAUCUUACGGCGAUGAUGUAUUCACGGGUUCGAAUCCCCUCAGUCGUUGCUUUCUAUUCGAAGACUUUCCGCAGGCGGUGCAUGAGCUUCUCAAUGGAAGCUCGCUCAUCUCCUGCAACUUCCAUCCAGGCGAAGCUUGGGACCUCGAGAAGAUCAUUGAGAAACGGCGGGCGUGGUCUCUACGCAAGUGGAACCGCAAAUGGUCGCGGGGGAAACAGUCGUACAGAAGAGGCCACGGCCCUCGCCACCCUUCAGAUUGAGCGCCGCCCUUGGUCCUGAUGCGCGUGGUCAGGCCAACGGCUUAGGCGUGACUCGAAGAGAGAGCCGCGAUGCUUUACUUGGUGACAACCGACAGGGGGGAGGCGCCUUGUCAAGAUGUGACGGAAAACGUCGAUGAUUCUCAUCAAACGAGAGAUAGGAAUUGAGAAGUGAAAACGCAGUGUGAACAGGAUUUGUUGCAGGAACUGUCUCCGUCGCAAGAUGCGCAAUGUUUCAUUGUAUUGUUUAGUUCUGGUUAGAGAUCAUGCCUCGCUCAGUCAAAAAUGCAUAGACUUGUGGUUGCUCCCC